AUGGAAGACUUCGAUUUGGUUGUCGUUGGAGCCGGCUACUACGGCCUCGGCGCUGCGAAACAGUAUCGCGUAACUCACCCACACCAUUCCCUCGCUAUCUUCGAUGCCAACGCGUCCGUCGGUGGUGUCUGGUCCAAUGAGCGCAUCUACCCAUGCCUCAGGUCCAACAACCUGCUUGGAACCUAUGAGUAUCCAGAUUUCUCCAUGGCCACCGAACGUUUCGGCGCCAAGCCACUACAGUACAUUCCAGCAGAGGUCAUGCAUAAUUACUUCGAGGCUUAUGCGCAAGAGUUCGGCAUAGACCGACACCUGAGACUCAGUACCAAGGUUCUAUCGGCCGAGCAUCAAGACGACGGUGGCUGGUUGCUUGAAAUCAAGAACGAGGAAUCCGAACUUCCUACCAGGGUUUUCGCCAAGAGGCUAAUUGUGGCGACGGGUCAGGAUUCCGAGCCAUUGAUGCCCCAUAUCAGAGGGCAAGAGCAAUACAACAGACCACUCUUUCACAGCAGAGACUUCCAAAAGUACAAAGAUACUGUCAAUACAGCAAAGAGUGUCACUGUCUUUGGGGGAACCAAGUCUGGCUGGGACGCUGUCUAUGCGUACGCAACUCAUGGUGCCCAAGUUGAUUGGAUCAUCAGACCGACUGGUCAUGGUCCUGUUUGGAUGGCUCCCUCUUUCGUGACACCUUUCAAAGUAUGGAUUGAGAAGCUCGUUAAUAUCCGUUUGCUUCAUUGGUUUGCUCCAUGCAUCUGGGGUCAAGAUAGUGGCUACCACAGCAUUAAAUCCUUCUGGCAUGGUACAGCCGUCGGUCGCGCCAUCGUCUCAGUCUUCUGGAAGAUUCUCGCCAGCGAUGUCAUUGCCAAAAUGAAGUUUGAUACCCAUCCUGAGCUCAAAAAGCUCAAACCAACUGCUUCAGCCAUGCAUACUGGCACAGCCUUUGGCAUCUUCAAUUAUGCAACCGACUUUUAUCAGCCGAUACGUGAUGGCACCGUGAAAAUCUACGAGUCGGAUCUCUCGCAUCUUAGUGAGGGAAAGGUCCAUCUUGAUGAUGAAGAAGGAACGACGAUUGCCUCCGAUGCUUUUGUCGCGGUUACUGGUUGGAAGCCAUUCUCACCUCUGAAGUUUUUGCCUGAGGGCAUUGACCGCAAGAUUGGGCUUCCUUAUGUGCCGAUCGCCGAUGAUAAAGGCAACAUCCCAGAUGAAGGCCUUGCUAACUGUACUGCCCUUCUUGAUCGGGCUGAUCAGGAGAUUCAGAAGCGGUUCCCAAUGCUCAAGACGCCAAUGAAGUUCAACCCAAACUAUAAGCCUCUUACCGAAACAAAAGCCUUCAGCAUGCCUGCUACUGAUGAAUCCCUCACCCCAACAGCAUCGCAUACGCCUCUGAUGCUCUAUCACUUUAUGGUCCCCGGUACGGCAGAAUUUCUCCGUACUAAGGACAUUGCUUUUACGGGAUACUCAACAAAUUUUAGCAACGGUACUUGUGCACACAUCCAGGGUCUUUGGAUCAGCGCUUUCUUCGAUGGAACUCUAGCUCGCGACCCAAGUUCGGCAGUUACUGCGUCCAGUACAACACUCAAUGACAUGAACGAAGGCAAGAAUGCAAUUCAAAAGACUAUGACGCUAGAUGAGGUACACUGGCAGACAGUCUUGCAUAACCGCUUUGGCAAGUGGCGUUAUCCAAGGGACUCGGGAGCCAAUAUACCGGACUUCAUCUUUGAGGCUGUGCCGUUCAUGGAUAUGAUGAUGGCAGACUUGGGGCUCCCGGUGCAUCGGAAGCGGGGGCUCUUUAAAGAGAUUACUGAGCCUUACGGACCAGAGGAUUAUAGGACAAUCAAUGAACAGCACGCAGCUAGGUUGAACGGUAGUUAA